AUGUAUGAUGCCGAAGAUAUUAGCGACAGUUCAUUUCCAGAUAGAAUUCGGUCGACUAUGACAAAGCCGGAUCCAAAAGUUGUGCAAUUGAUAGAAGAAAAUGCACAGUGUUUACGUGCGAAUGAACCAAAAGACUAUGAUUCAAUUUUAUCAGCGAUAGGUGAUGGUCAAAUCGUACUGAUUGGCGAAGCUUCGCAUGGCACACAUGACUUCUACUCACAUCGAGCGGAAAUAACCAAGCGAUUGAUACAAGAAAAAGGUUUUACGAUUAUUGCUUGUGAAGCAGAUUGGCCACCAGCAUAUCGUGUGAACCAAUGGAUAAAGAGUACAUCAACAUCAACAAUCAAAGAUGCCGAGGAUUCACUAAGAGAUUUUACGCGAUUUCCGCCUUGGCUAUGGCGAAACAAGGUCAUCGUUGACUUUCUUACGUGGCUUCGACAGUAUAAUGAAAACAUCAACGAUCGAAAGGCAAAAGUCGGCUUUUUCGGUCUUGAUCUGUACAGUUUGCAAUCGUCGCGUGAAGAAGUGUUGAAAUAUUUAGGAAACCACGCACCUGAUCUUCUGAGAUUGGCACGCAAGAAUUAUCGGUGCUUUGAUCGAUACACUGAUGAGCAUGAGUACGGUGUGUGUGCUCGAGCGAAUAUAACAACCAGUUGUCGAAAAGAAGCAAUCAAAGUGUUGACGAAAAUGUUAGAACGACAUGCUGAGAUAGUUGCUAAUGAAAAAUCCACUGAAACUGAACUUGAAGAAAGUUUCUACGCAAUGGAAAACGCGAAAAUUGUUCGUGAAGCUGAAAAAUACUAUCGACAUAUGCUCGACGGUGGACAAAUCGCAUGGAAUAUACGUGAUACACAUAUGUAUGAUUGUUUAAAAGAUCUACUCGAACAUCAUGGGCCAGGAACAAAAGCGAUCAUUUGGGCACAUAAUUCUCAUAUUGGCGAUGCUCGUGAAACUGAGAGAAGUCGUUCGGGUAAACUUAAUAUUGGACAACUAGUCCGCGAACGGUUUGGUAUAGAAAAGACUUAUAAUAUUGCAUUUACGACAUAUACCGGUACUGUGACAGCAUCGGAUAAUUGGGACAUCGAUCCCGACUUUAAGCGUGUACGGUUGGCACUUAAUGAAAGUUUUGAAUUUCUGUUUCAUCAAGCGCUAGUCAAAAGUCCAUCAUUAUCUCAGCAUGGCCAAUAUUUUCUUUUAUUUCGUUCAAAUAAUCCAUCAAUUGAAAUUUCGAAAGAACUCUGUCAAGAACUACGAAAGCAACGAUUAGAACGUGCCAUCGGUGUGAUCUACCGUCCACGAACUGAACGACAAUCGCACUACCUCGAUGCAAGCAUAUCUGCCCAAUUCGAUUGUGUUAUUCAUAUUGAAAUCACGCGCGCAUUGAGACCUCUAGAAAUUCAUCCGACAUGGGCUGAAGCUGAGAAAGAUCAUAUACCUGAUACGUUUCCAAUGAAUGUCUAA